AUGGUAGAUGACCUUGCAGAAAAGUGUGCUCAAUUAACUAUUCUUGAAGAGGAAAACCAUAUUGUUGUCCUAGGCUGUGUGGAUUCCUUGAACUCGACUGCGAAGACAUCUUUAAUGCUGGUGGGGAAAGUGUUAUCUGAGCGGGCGGUUAAUCUUGACGCCCUCAAAAGAACGAUGACACAAAUCUGGGCUCUUCACCGCAAUAUGGUGGUAAGGGCGAUUGAUUCCAAUACUUUUAUAUUCCAGUUCUUUCACUGGAAAGAUAAAGAGAAAAUCUUGAUGGGAAGAUCAUGGAGUUUUGACCAAAAGUUACUGGUGUUGGAUGAGAUUAAAGGAGACGAACAACCCUCACAGGUUCGUCUGGAUGACUCUCCUUUUUGGGUGCGAAUCUACAACCUGCCUUUUAACUGUCGAUCUGAAUCGGAGGUGAAGGCAAUUGCUUUGUAUCUAGGAACUGUGUUGGAGGUAGAUCUUGAUGAAUUUGGACUUAACCGCUUCUGUAGGGUGAAGGUGGUACUGAAUAUCUUCAAACCUUUGCGACGAAAGCAGCGUAUAAAGCGCAAGGAUGGCCAAGUGACUAUGAUAGAGUACAAAUACGAACGUCUCCCUCAUUUUUGUUUUAGAUGUGGAGUGCUUGGGCAUGGUGACAAGGAUUGCAAUGUAGAGCUACCGGAGGAUUGUGAUGUGGAGCUAGGGUGGGGGCGUGGUUGA